AAUGUGAAACAUUGAUUGCCUUUUUGUAGACCCUGUAGACUACUUUGACAGUUUUAUUAAUUUGUAAAUAAAGUAUUUUUCUCAUCUGGCUAAGUCCGAACAAAUUUGCGUACCUAUCCUUCUCCUCUGCGAUAAUUAAUUAAUUGUGUGCAACUCAUCUAUCCCACAUGCUUCUUUCCAAACAUUAUUUACACAAACAAACGUGCGCAAGGACAGGGACAACAAAUAUCUCGCUUAUCAUAUCUUUAAUCAUAAAAAAAACACGUCUGAGAAAGUACUUCGUCUAGAUAUUUAAUGUGAAGCGCUGCAGAGUAAUUACAUCCGGAAAUAGCAAAAACAAAAAGUGUGUGUUUUCAGCAUAUACAGUUUCCACACCAUUCGUGCAUCAGAUAUUUACAGUUCAUCUGCGUAACACGAAACCAAUUGUUGGCCAUUGCUAAUUCACCUGAUUUACAUAUCACCAGCAUCUGAGCCGUUAUUUCGGCCAGUCAGUCAGCAACCCUGGGUGCGCUAGCAAGUCUCAUUAUGGACAACGGUACAGCAGCAGCAGCAGCCUCCGAAAGCGAGGAGAUACUGUUUCUCAAGCACGCAAAGUACUUUGUCCGUUUCUUAAACAUUCUUCCGCCACGGCUGGCGUCACACGACUCGACUAGGGUCACGAUAGCGUUCUUUGCUGUCAGUGGAUUAGAUGUUCUGGACUCGCUGCAUCUCCUAUCGGACUCGUUCAAGACUGAUAUCAUCAGUUGGAUCUAUCACUUGCAGGUCAUACCGAAACCUGGGGCAAGACAGUGCGGUGGGAUUCAGGGAUCCAGCACGUGGAACAUUGAAAACGCACCGGAAUGCUGCGGUCUGGAGGCCUACCGUUGGGGACAUUUGGCAAUAACGUACACCGGAAUUGCGGUCUUGGCGGCGCUUGGUGACGAUCUUUCACGGCUCGAUAAGAAGGCUAUUAUCGACGGAGUUGCGGCAGUCCAGCGGGAGGACGGAAGUUUCAGUGCCACCAUCGAGGGCAGUGAGCAUGACAUGCGGUUCGUGUACUGCGCGGCCGCAAUUUGCGCCAUGCUCAACGACUGGGGCAAAGUGGACAAACGAAAGAUGGCCGAUUAUAUACUGAAGAGCAUUCGUUACGAUUAUGGCAUCAGCCAACACUACGAGAUGGAAUCACACGGAGGGACCACAUUCUGUGCUAUAGCUGCACUGGAAUUGAGCAAUCAGCUUGAUUUGCUAACACCGGAAGUUAAGGAAAAAAUCAUUCGAUGGCUUAUUUUCCGGCAACAGGAUGGUUUCCAGGGCCGUCCGAAUAAACCGGUCGAUACGUGCUACUCCUUCUGGAUCGGUGCGACCCUUAAAAUGCUCGAAGCCUUUCAUUUAACUAGUUUUAAAGAUAACCGAGCGUACGUUCUUUCGACGCAGGACAAAGCGGUGGGAGGCUUUUCCAAAUGGCCUGGCUCUCACACCGAUCCGUUCCACACAUACUUUGGCAUCUGUGGGUUGAGCUUUCUGCGGGAACCUGGUUUGCAGCAGGUCAUUCCAAGCCUAAACAUAUCGCAGCGCGCCUUCCAAAGACUGAAACAGUUACAUGCUGCCUGGGAGUUGGAGCCGGAUCUGAGCAAAAGUGAUGUAAGAGUUAACAUUGAGUAAGGGAGCGAGCGAAGUGAAAAAACCGCCGGAUUAGUUUUAUCGCACACUAGUGACGUAGGUAGAGAAGGGAUUAAACUCACCAGUUGAUACUAUUUAUUUAGUUGCUGACCAGAUUUACAGUUGUUUUCACCAAAUCAGACAAUCGGGAAAAUUAAUUGCGUCGUCGAUUUUAUGUUUUGUUCCUCGCUGUGGUAGAGUUUUAUAGCGGAAUGCGGAAUAGUAAACCGUAAGAUGAAUGUGUAUAUUGUGUACCACAUUUCUGUGCAUAUGCAGAAAUAUAGAAUUUUUGGUAUUAGAAACAA